AUGUUCUUUCAGGCGCUCACUGUUGGCAAGCGCACGUAUAUGCUUGCUUUUAACAGCAAGGCGAAGGCGCGACCGAACUUCGGUCUGCGUGGUGUCGGGUACUGGUCGAGCGAAGUGUACCACAAGCCUGGGCAGAAUUACUGGAUGGCCGUGUGCUGCACCGUCCCGUUCCUUCUUGUCGGCGCGAUCAUGAUGGACGGCUUCUGGGCGAAGCUGGAUGACAUUUCAGGUGGUGGUCCGAGCGUUCUGGACUAUGGUUGGCGUUCCCAGGACCGCAAGCCAUGGGACUUCUCUUUUGAUAUUGGUGAGGGUUAUGCUGCUGGUCCAGCUACCUAUCGUCCUGCUUCUGGAGCUGUGGAGCUAGGUCACCAUUAG